GUGGACUAAAGUAGUGGACUGACCAACAGACUGACAUUAACAUCAGAGCCGUGCUGCUAGUGUGGCUAAAAGAAAAGAGAAGAAGAGACAGUCAUGUUGAUAUGAACAUUAGAGAAACACAUCAUGGAGCUGAAAUAUGAUCCUGCUUCCUCAUUUGGACUCAUUCACCUCAGCUGACACAUUCAACAGCAGACAGGUUUUUGUAGCAGUCUGUCUCACUGUGGGAGGAAACUACUACUACAUCUUUGGCUCUGGAACUAAACUGUCUGUAACAGAUGGAAAUCAGAGCACCCAGAAAAGAACGACACAGGCACCGAGAGUUCAUGCAAACACACAGCAGAGCCCCACCCGACCAGCAGCAGGACCCAGAGUCCAUGUGGCAGGGAACAGCUCCGUGCUGUGUGUGCCCCCAGCCAUGUUUCCUCCUCUGGUCCAGCUCACAUGUAAAAGACAGAAGAAGAACAGCCGGCUGGAGGAGCUGCCCCCUGCUGAGGGAGAGCAGCUGGAGCUGAUCCAUGAACAAGAGAACAGCACAUAUAAAUGUAACUGCUACAUCAAAGAUGUCAGCAGCAGCACAGUGGAGGCCCAAACACAACAAGAGGUUCCAGCUCCAGCAGCCUCCUGUCCUCCAGAGAGAGAGCCAGCAGACCUGCCAGCUCUGCAGCCAGCUGACUUGUCCUUCCAGUCUCAGUGCAGGGUGAAGCUGCUCUGCCUGCUGUACACAGUGCUGAUAGUGAAGAGUCUGGUGUACUGCUGUGGACUCUCUCUGCUGAUGAUCCUCACAAACAAGGGACCGUCCACCAACUGCACACAUGCUGACUGACUGUUUUCUGCUCGCCUUUUCUCACCAUCAAAUCUCAUCAAUUCAUCCCAUUCAUCACUUUGAUCAGUAUCAGAAAUGUUAGUUAUGAUGUGUUGUGCUUAUUUUGGCUUUUUAUUCAAUAGUUAGAAGAUCAUCUGAAAUAAAUACAUCUUUACAUGUAUUGUUACUCUGAGUUAGAAUUCUUUUUUACUUAUUGUGACGUUUAUUGUAGUAACAAAAAUCAUCAGGUAUAUUUUUAUCACAAGUUUUCAGUUUGAUUUUUAUUUUGGUUGAUUUUCAAAUGUCAAACAGUGUAGUUGUGUUUGUAAGUGUGAAUAAUAAAGAUUUCAAGAUGAAGAA